AUGGAUCUGGACGCUGCCUACGAUGCCCCUGAUCCAGUCACAAGCUCCGAAUCUGAAACCGAGCCCGAUGGAAAAAAAGCCCCACUCAAACAAUCCCACAAAUUCAUGCAACUGACCAACUAUUCACUUCGGUCACGACAACCACAAGUACAACCAGCACUUGAGCCAAACACUCCAACUCACCAGAGUGCACGCCUUCAACUCCAGACCCCUCCAGCGACACAAUACAAGGUUCGGAAAGGUCCAAUUCCAACGUUUGUGCCUGGUCAAAAGUUCAGCAAGAAGAUGCCAGCCCAAAAGACUGCUGGAAAGGCUCCAAGAAAGACCUCAGGGAUCAGCGGAAAAGAAGAUUGUGAAGAAGGCCGCGAAGAAAAGCCGUCGUUUUAA